UUUAAUGGACCCAUAAACCUUGUUUAAAAUGUCUCCUUAACAACCGAUCUGAGAGUCUAACAGACAGAAGUUUUCGCUGCUCAAACGCUUCGUAGGAGUCGGAAUGGCAGGGACUGGUGAGGGGAAGAAAGAAGAGGCCGAUUACAAGAGACUGCACAGCUUUCCUCUCAUCAGGCACACAGACAUGCCAGAGGAAAUGAGGGUUGAAACCAUGGAGUUGUGUGUAACAGCCUGCGAAAAAUUUGCCACCAACAAUGAGAGUGCGGCUAAGAUGAUUAAAGAGUCAAUGGACAAGAAGUUUGGCAGCUCAUGGCACGUGGUGAUCGGUGAAGGCUUCGGUUUUGAGGUCACACAUGAAGUGAAAAACCUGCUCUACAUGUUCUUUGGAGGAAGUUUGGCCGUGUGUGUGUGGAAGUGCUCGUAGCACCUCCUCACUGUGCAUCCUGCCCACCAACGUGGUCACUGGACUGGGAAUAAACACCAGCUACCAGCCAGAUGCUGGUUCCACCAUUGCUGUUGUGGCAGGUUGUUUUGUCUAUGCUACCAGCUACUGUGGCAGACAAUAAAUUUGUUGUCCAGAAGCACAUAUUAGCAAAGAAAAUAAUAUGAAAAGUCACUUUGUCUGGUAAGCAUAAAGAAAAACCAACUUGCUGUGUUGUCUGUCACUGUUUUUUUUCCUCUUUGUUUUCUUACCCUUCAUUCAACUCGUGUCCUGUCAUCAAGUGUUCAGAAUGUUUGUGAGUGUGAAUGUGCAAGCAAGUUCAACUUUUUACAAGAACUACAGCCAGCCAGGGUCUCCAAAGUCCUUUAUCCUCCUUCCUCUUCAGGGAGUGUGCAUGUGAGUGGGUGAGUUUACAUGUUUGUGUGUGCUGGACACACACUGUGUUUUGUUGUUUUGCUUAGUUUGUUUUUAAUAACCUCAUAUCGUUACUUUCCACACUAGUCUGAGCAGAUUUGUGCAACUCUUUUUUUUCUCUCUCCAAGUUAUCUGGAACUUUCAACAUAUCUUUCUCUGUUAACAGCACUAGUCUUU